AUGCGUACCCUCCUGCACUAUUUGACCACCCCCAAUCCAGAAGUUCGUCGAGAAGGUCUGCGGGCAGGCCCCAACACCUUCCCCGUUGGUGACUAUGACAUUGAGGGCGUUGAACCAUGGCUGGACUUUUCUUACGAAACCAUUAUGGAUUGCUUUGGAGAUAUUCUCACAACACCCGUGGACGACGACCUAUUUAAUGACCCGCCUCCGAUUGCGGCACACGAUCUGAACUUGACGGACGAAUCUUCUGUAACCUUCAUCCUGACCAAGCGUCACCACACAAUUAUCGAUUGCGCGCUACAAAUUGCCCAAGACCAACUAAAGGACCGCGGAUUCGGCUUUCCGAUUUCGUGGUCCCUUGGCUCACGAUCUCACGUUCAGGAAGAUCCUCGACUUCGACCAGACUGGGCCGUCACGAAUCAUUCCGGUAAGCCUCCGUACGAGGAUCUUGGGCCCGGAGAUACAAAGCAGUCAAAGAAAUGGAACACGAGCAUGAAAGACUCACGAGACGAACAUAUGCGAGAAGAAUUUGAAAAGGCGUUACGGCAAGUCCACCUGUACUCCAUACGGGUUAAUUGUCGAUCAUGCUUCCUAAUAUCUGAUCUUGAACUGGUCUGGCUACGCCGAAGGAAAUCCCCUGAGCCGGCACGACCUCUCUCCACCAGUAGACCAAGGCGCUUGGUUUCUCAAGAAAAUUCCCGACGCGUAACAUCUAUCACGUCCGUGCUUUCAGGAACGUCAAGCAUGUCGCUAGACUCGUCAGGAUCCCCUUACACCGAUGGCGGAAAUCCUGAUAUUAACGAGGGCCCGUUCGAGAUGUGCGUGGUGCCGUGGUCCAAUCAUGGUGUGGGAAAUUUGACAAUCAAUCUUGCCAUGUUUGCCGCUGCUUUGUGGGCGGCAACUGACAAUUCUGUCCGCGAAUCAUAUCCACCUUUGGCGUCUUGGGAGAGGAUAAGAGGACCGUCAGGGGAAAUACUCUAUCGUCAGGUUGGCUCGUUGAAAAUCGCCUCAACACUGCCACCUGAUGCGAUUCUCUCGCAACCUGAGCAAAUCUCUGAUGCCUUAUAA